AUGACAAAUCCGCCUAUUUAUUUCUAUCGUCCAUAUGAAUUAUUUGGUGAAUUGAGUAAUUUUUAUUCUGCUCCUAUCGAACUGGACGGAACUAUUUGGCCAACAACUGAACAUUAUUAUCAAGCACAAAAAUUCACUUGGGAUAAAACACAUUAUGAAAAUAUUCGACAAUUAGAAACACCUCAUGAAGCAUUUUUAUAUGUUCGAGAGCAUGACUUUUCCCAACGCACAGAUUGGGAACAAGUUAAAGAUGAAGUGAUGUUCAAAGCAUGUCUGGCGAAAUUUGAACAACAUUCCAAAUUGAAAGAAUUCUUAUUAUCAACUGGUGAUCGAAUAUUGAUUGAACAUACAGGAAAAGAUUCAUAUUGGGGUGAUGGACCUGAUGGCAAGGGGAGAAAUCAAUUAGGAGUUACUUUAAUGAAAAUUCGAGAAUACUUCAGUAAAUCGCUUCAAAUUUAA